UUUAGCAGCAACAGCACAGCUUGGGGAAUGGUUGUCUGUCUGUGUGGAUUCAUGUAGAAAUUCUAAUCUUUGUUAUUCAGCACAGGAAGAUUCAGAGAACUUAUUUGCAUGUACAGUAUAUUAGGCUAUGUUGAAGUUGUAUGCGUGAUGCUAACUGAUGACAGAGUGAGAGUCAGAGCAGGACUCUUUGCUGAUUCCGCGUAUGACUUUGAAUGUGAGUUUGCGUGAACCUUGAAAACCAGGCCGGCGUUGCCCACUGAUCAGCUAAGGAUCAUUAUAGACUAGAAUAACAGAUCAAUGAACAGGCCAAUGGACCACCGGCCAUGUCAUCUUUUUCAUUGUUUUUACUUCUUCUUCUUUUUUUGCACCAUUUUUAUUUUUGUGUAUGUCCAUUUUGACCAGCCCACCCAACAAAAAAAUGGUCCGGCCCAUCUGGCAUUUACCAGAAUUGCCAGAUGGCCAAUCCGCACCUGGCACAUAGGGCAGGCAAAUGAUCAAAGUAUUUGAUAGAUUGCACAUCGUUUUUUGUUGUUGUUUUGUUUAUUUUUCAGGGACCAUAAAUAACAUGCAAUUGCACCAGAUUUAGCUAGAUAGCACUUUUUUUUAAAUUUUCAUUUCAAGUCCCUUACUUUACUUGGACUUGGCAGGUAGCCUAGUGGUUAGAGCAUUGGGCCAGUAACCAGAAUGUUGCUAGAUAGAUCAAAUCCCUGAGCUGAUAAGGUAAGAAUCUGUCCUUUUACCCCUGAACAAGGCAGUUAACCCACUGUUCCCAGGCUGUCAUUGUAAAUAAACAUUUGUUAUAACUUCACUGUAGUUGAAUAUAUAUUUAAAAAAGUUUAACCCAGGUUGGAUGUGCUGUGUACUGAACAUACCGUGGUUAUUGUUUAAAUACUGUACUAGGCUAACCCUAGCCUACAAGACCUGUGCCUCAGUUGACAUAGUAAACACCGUGCUGUGAAGCAAAUCCCACCUCUCAAUCCCACGGAUUGGAUUAUCCCACCUUUGUUGUUAAAAAUAAACACAGCACCAGUUCCGCUAGCAUCCACUAUCCUGAAUGGACCAUCAACUAAACCGCAGGUAUUUAAUUGCCAGUACAUCAACAUUUAUUUGAAAUCACUGGCUUUCUUAGCUCUAAAUUGUUUUCUAGGUUUGCAAAACUUGCUGUUGCAGAUGGUUUUGUAGUCAUGCUAUAUUGCGUCGUUAGUGUGGUUUGGGGUUUGGGCAUCCCCGGCUGCAUAGCAUCAAGUGGUGUGCGGGAGCGGAGCAUAAAUAAUCAGCUAAACUUCCAACCUGGCAACCUUCUUCAAGUCACUUCUGCCAGUGAGAGAAGAGUCGCUUCCAUCAGCGGGAAUGGUACUUGUGGAAUUUUGAUCCAACUGGACAUCAUACAAGCCAUUUAGGAUAAUCGAAACGGCACUUUAUAUUUCUGAAAACGUUAGAGAAAAAAAUCCUUUCCCGACAGUUUGCCUAUGCAUGAUGAAGAUUGGGGAAAGGAAUCAAAUUGCAAGUAUUUAGACUUCCCGAAGUCAAACUAACAAUUAUAGCCUGUCAUCGACUGGGAAUUAAGCAGUGGAAAUGGCAACUUUUGCUUUUGAGGGAACUUCGCUCAUGAACAUGUUUGUACAAAACUGUUGGGUUGUUGGCACACAGCGAAUAAUUAGUCAACGCGGAGAGGAAGAAUUCAUUGAAGUCCGGACCGAGUUAUCGGACAGGAGCGUUCUCUAUUUGCACAGAACGGACCGCGAUCUCGGAAGCCUUCUAAAGAGACUCAUGGAUGCUUUCCCAGAGGAUAGAGCAACUCCUACACAGUCAGCGCUCCUAGAUGGACUUGUGCGAAUAAGAGACGCUGCAGAGGCCAAUGAUAUUGAGAUUCGAUUGCAAGAGGUGGAAAAACUCCUCAGGAGGGUCGUUACCUUGCCAAUGAAGUAUUCACGAUCAGAAGCAGUGCUCACGUUCUUUGAGCAAUCUCCGCUGGACCUGAUGAUAAGAGAAAACAACAUCAACAACAUGGAGCCAUACUACCAGAGUCCAGUAACAAUAUCAGAUAUCAUGAGGUGCAAUGGAUUUUGUCUGGCUAACACUGAGACCAUUUUCUAUGACUACAGUGCACCACAGGAUAGACACAGAGCCCUGUCAGUGUCCACAUGUACAGAGUCUGCAGGUUUUGGGUACGAUACCCAAUCUGGGUUUAAGGAGACCCUGGACAUCGUUGAGACAGCAUCAUCGGAUGGUAGUGCCGAAGACCAAGAAACGUCUUUCCCUAAUCUGACGUACUACCAACUACUGACCUACGAGACUGAUAUUCUGGAAUGAACGACAGGGGCGGACAUAUUGUUUGAUUCUGUAUGGUUCUCACUUUCACUGGUCCGGUCCAAAUGAUGUAGGUUACAGACAGGGUUGGGGAGUAACAGAUUACAGUAGUCAGUUAUGUGUAAUCUGAUUACCCCGACAAAAAACUGUACCUGUAACAAGUUAUGUUACCAGCAAAAAUAUUGUAAUCGAAUUAAAGAUACUUUUGGAAAGACUAGAUUACUUUUAAAUUCAGAAAUUAUGUUUUGCAAAAAUACAUUGAGACCUUUCUGUUUUCUCAAUGAAAUUCAAUUCAGCAUAAAAAAAACAAGGCUCAAGUUUAAGUUUGUUCCACUUGAGUGAGUUUUGACCACAAGACCACAAUGAUGACUCACCAAUGUGUUUGACAAAUCCUUUUUUUUGUUGUUGUCUUCUAAUGCCUCUUAAGAGGAAAGUAACUGAAAUCAUUCAGAUUACGUUAAUGAGUUUGGGUAAUCCAAAGGGUACGUUACUGAUAACAAUUUUGAACAGGCACAGUACUUUUGGCCAUGUAGUGUAACUUGUAACGGAUUACUUUUAGAAAGUAACCUACCCAACCCCUGGUUACAGACUGUUGCUGCUAGACUCACCUGGUCUGGUCUAAAUGAUGUAGGUUACAGACUGCUGCUGCUAGAUUCAAAUGGUUUCACAUUUGUGCCACGAUGAUGGUAGAGUAAAAAUACUCGUUCUCCAAUCUUAUUAACCAAUAUACUAACUCACCAAUAUACUAACUCUUAACAAGAUAUUAACUGACUUGCCUAGUUAAAUAAAUGUUAAAUAUAAAAUAAAUUAACACGAAAUAUA